AUGUCCAAGGUCCAUUGCGUCAUCCCACCUUUUUCCAUGUCGGCUUCAGCAAGAAAACGAGCUUUGCCAAUUUCAUCCUACACUCUACGAUCAACCUCCCAAAUCAAAUAUCCUCAACCUCAGUACCGUCUCUUACACUAUCUAUAUCACCAAACGAGCCCAAGAAUACAUAUUCCAAACACAGAGCACCAAAACCGCCUCUUCCCCGCAACCUCAAGACCGCAACCACAAACUAGCUCUUCCCUCCCCACUAAGUCCCCCUUCUCAACCUCAACACAAAUCAUGUCCUCCGACGACGCCUACAUGUCCUUCUUGGACAAAGCCAACGCAGAUGUGAGCGGUAGCGCCCCGCAGCAAGGGGCCGGCACCGUCAAAACCGAGACCGUGCACAGCUCCCUGUCAGUCCCAAAGCCGCUGCAGUCCGUCGACGCAUACUACAUCUCCGAUACAGACGAGCCCUUCGAGCCUGUGGCAUUGAAGUGGGAUGGUGCUGCCAAGGGCGCGUGGCCUAGUGCUGACCAGCUCUCCUCCCUGAUCUCCCCAGAUACCGACCUGUCUCAGUCCAUCUCCAUUCUAUCCCCCUCCUCCUUCGACCCGAAUAGUCAGUAUUCCGCCGCCCUGGAUGCUGUCCGCGCCGCGGCUGUCGAGAAAGAUUCUGGUGCCGAUCAGUCGGCUGUUGAGCUGAAGGUCUACCGCGUGGAACAAACUACCACCAAGAUCGAGUACUGGAUUCUGGCACUACAUGCGCCUGAGAGCCGUCUUGUCGGUUUGCGUGCUAAGGCUGUCGAGUCGUAG